AGAUGUAAAAGACAGAUGACGUUUCGCAAUCCCGACUUGUUUUGGACCCUUUGGCUUGCCGUAGCAGAGUAGGUUGCGGUAUGUUCCUAAAGUUCGGUCGUUGGAGGCAGUGGAAGUAAAAAAUCAUUCUUAAACGAAGGGUGAUUGUAGAGGAAUCUCCUCCAUCAUGGGAAACACCAGCGAUCGUGUGUCUGGAGAUAGACAUGGAGCAAAAACACAGCGGUCAGACAGCGGAGGUCACAAAGACCUGGAGCCCAGCAAAAUGAUGGACAGCACAGACGACCCCAAUAUUUUCAACACACACGGGCCAGAAUCCAAAGCUGCGGGUGAGAAAGACUUCGCUCCAGAUUUAGAGGACAUGGUAAAGACGGGUCCACAGGCUCGACCCACAGUAAUUCGCUGGGCUGGAGGAGGCAAAGAGGUUUAUAUCACCGGUUCCUUCAACAGCUGGAGCAGCAAGAUACCCAUGAAUAAAAGCCACAAUGAUUUUGUAGCAAUCUUGGAUCUGCCUGAAGGCGAACAUCAGUAUAAAUUCUUUGUUGAUGGACAGUGGCUUCAUGACCCCUCUGAGCCGGUUAUCACUAGUCAGAUGGGUACCAUUAACAAUCUGAUCCACGUGAAGAAAUCAGAUUUUGAGGUGUUUGACGCGCUGCAGGUGGACUCUCUCGAGUGCUCCGACACGUCAGAUCUGUCCAGUUCUCCACCUGGACCGUAUGGACAGGAAGUGUACAUGUUUAAACCAGAGGAACGCUUCAAAGCACCCCCCAUCCUGCCACCUCACCUCCUACAAGUUAUACUCAACAAAGACACCAACAUAUCAUGUGAUCCUGCCCUGCUGCCAGAACCCAACCAUGUGAUGCUUAAUCAUCUGUAUGCACUCUCGAUAAAGGAUGGUGUGAUGGUUCUCAGUGCAACUCAUCGCUAUAAGAAAAAAUAUGUGACGUCUCUUCUGUACAAGCCUAUUUAAAACGCUGUUGGUUGACACAUGAUAUACAGUCCUCAUCCACUGUGGUCCAGAUUGCACUUUAAACCCACGAUACAUACAUUGAGACUUCAGCUUGUGCUGUCAUCACACAUGCAGUACAUGGACAUCUAAACAUCUUAGGUGCAGUAUUUUACAGUCUUCAAGGACAGAAUUUAAUUUAUCCAAAGCUCUUUAUAAAGUGCUGUCAAACAGGAUUCAUAUAUUAGAAAACUGCCGACAGAAGAUCUUUAGAAACAAAUGAGUCUCAACACAGAUGAAUAUUUAAAUGUAACAAUCAUUUUAAGCUUUUAUAGUUUAUAAUAUAAUUCAUUUUGUAAACUGAGGGAAAGACACAUUUAUAUGUCAGUUUUCAGAAUGAAUAGAAGUUUCGGCCAAACACAGUGGCAUUAAGUAUUUGCGCUCCUAACAGAACCAUUUGCUUCAAUACUUGAUUUCAACAAAAGGAAGCUGUACAGGAGGACUUAACAUUUUCAACAGCUUCACAGAAUGGCACAAAUAGAUUUCUUUUUUUGAAGUUUUACUGCAUGCGGUUUGAAUUUCACCAUUUUGCUGUCAGACGAGCACUUUAACUGUGUUUCACUGUGACAGAAAUGUUUUUAUUUAUUUCAUCAAGCAGGAAUGUAUUUUUGCAUCUGUUAUUUAUGACAAACAUAUGUGGACACCUGUGCCUGACUGUCCUGUUCCAGUGGUGUUCAGGCCUGGUGUUUCUGGUGUUGAAGAACUAGACCGGACGGUAAAGUCGGUAAAGAAUCCACCGGAGCUCCAGAAAUCUGUACAUGUAUCUCAAUGAUUCAUUUUGCACUAGAAUUACUGGGACAGACUUAUUAACUAAAAACGGGGUGUCCAAAUACGUUUGACUAUAAUGUCUGUGUUAAAUAUUGUAGUGUGAAAUGCUUGAUUUUGUUUGCUUUACCAUUUCUGGUCAUCAAUAUUAAAUGUUGAAUCAGGAAUUUUUAACUCCAUUUAACAUGGAGGAUGCUAAAAAUUAUAUUCAUGAGGUUUUAUUUGUUUGCUGUGAGUUAAACUGUGUGGCGUUGAAAGUUCACUCCAAAGAUGAUAACUGUAAUCAUAUGAAUUGUGAUUUUCCCAAAGGAAAGACUCUGAAAAUAUGAAUUUCAUUAGAUAAUGGCAACACCAGAGCUUUUAAUGCUUUCAAAAUAUUAUUUAGGAAAAGUCCAAUAAGUUAAUGUUUUUUUUUUCUCUUUUUAUUAUAUAUGCUGAAAGAUUUGUUGUGCUAUGCAUUAUAAAUGGAUGUAUGGCCAUUCAAAUUAAUAAAGCAAGCCAUUCUAGUUUUAUUUGUUUACAUGAAAACUAUUGUGCACAUAUCAAAAAAAAGUAUGCCACUUUCAAAGACAAAAAGAAGUCUAUUGUUUAUUCCUGUUUAAACUCCAAAUGCAGCUUCAAUAAAGCAUGGCACAUUUUCAUCAGCAUCA